UACAGUUUAUAAUGUAUUCAUAUUUUAUACUUUCAAUAUUUGUAAGUUUUGUGGUUCACAAAUGUGACUAAAUUAUAACCAUUUAAUCCAGAGCCGACUCUGAGUUGAAAAUGACUGUUGGCACUAUUAAUUAGUUGGGUAAUAUUCUCCACUGAUCCCUUUGUUUACUUAGUCAUAUCCGUUAUGUUUACAACGUGCUCUGGCUCCAUACGUCAUUACGCAUUCGGUUUCUGACCAAUCAACGCGCAGGAAGGGGUACAACGGUCUGGCGCCGGGUAAAAAGGAUUUGACAGUUGCGAGUCUUGAACCGAUCCCCGCACUUCGCUUCCUCAGGGUUGCUGGAGGAGCCAUGGCGGCUGCUGCCUUCGGACAGCACAGCGCUGUGAUAGGAAGCGCAGUCAGCGGUAAGAAGACGCCCACUUACCGGGAAUACAACAAGAGGAACCGGGAGAACUCCCGCCGAAGACAAGCCGCUCUUUUGUUCCUGACCAACAUCUCCCUCGACGGUCGGCCAGUCCAGAGCAAUUCAGCAGAGAAUGGAAGGAACAAAGAACCCGAGUUUGGUGAAGCGAACCCCGGCUCUGCAGCAGCGGCAGAUCUGUGUGCGGAUCCCGCUCACAUAAACAGCUACGGGACAUUUAACAGCCUGUCGGCGUCAGUAAGUUGUGGGGUCGUUUCUCCCGGAUCGAAGGCAGGGCUCACCGUACCGCCAAUCCUGGUCCUUCCGUCCGACACCGGGUUCAACGAUGUGGGGAGCACGGAGGUGCUGCUGGGAUGCUGCCGAGGCUCGUUCCCUCCACCGGGAGACGGUAACCUGCUCUCCCCGUCCGCUUCCAACACCAGCCUGCUGCCGUCUCCGCUGGGACCGCGGAAGUCCUCCACGCUGCUGUCCGUCCAGAGCUGUAACUCGGUGUCUUCCGAACCUCGGCACAGAACUCGUAACCUCUCUGGUGGUUCUCCAAGACCUCGCCAAACUAAGAAGAUCCACUUCAUUAAAAACAUGAAACAGUACGACACCAGAGGCAGCAGGAUCGUGCUCAUCUGUGCAAAGAGGUCUCUGUGCGCUGCUUUCUCUGUCCUGCCAUACGGGGAGAGCUUUUACCUCAGUGAUCCCACAUUGAACCACCCCAGGAGGAGACACUCGUCUGGGAACAUUUCCGCCACCCUGGAGAUGCUGCCGGGGCUUGAGGGCUUCCAGCUGGACUCUUACGGGAGGUCGGUGUCGUACGCCCAGUUCCUGUAUCCCACUAAUGCUCUUGUGAGACAGAAGCCAUCAUCGACCAGCAACCUGACACUGCAGAUCCCCAUGUCCAGGAGCACACACAGCAUUCCUGGCAGGAGUUACCCCCCCAGCCGUCUUAGCAGCACAGUGGGACUGGAUCUGGGUGUGGAUGAUGUGACAGAAUACGACCCCAACCUCCUCAGUGACCCCCAGUGGCCUUGUGGAAAGCAUAAACGGGUGCUGAUCUUCGCCUCCUACAUGACGACAGUUAUUGAGUACGUCAAACCAUCUGAUCUAAAGAAAGACAUGAACGAGACUUUCAAGGAGAAGUUUCCCCACAUUAAGCUCACCCUCAGUAAAAUCCGCAGCCUGAAGAGAGAAAUGAGGAUAGUUGGGGAGGAUUGUGGCCUGCAGCCCGUCACUAUUGCCAUGGCAUUUGUCUACUUUGAGAAGCUGGUGCUGCAGGGUCGACUCAACAAACAGAUUAGGAAGUUGGUGUCAGCUGCCUGCAUCCUGUUAGCUGCUAAGAUCAGCAGCGACCUGAAGAAGCAGGAGGUCAAACAUCUCAUAGAUAAGCUGGAGGAGCGCUUCAGGAUCAGCAGGAGAGAGCUGAUAUCGUUUGAGUUUAUCAUCCUGGUUGCCCUGGAGAUGGCGCUCUACCUCCCUGAGAGUAAAGUGUUACCUCAUUACAGACGGCUGGUACAGCAGCAGCAGGUAUAGCAGUGCCUGGCUCAGUGGCACAGCGGCAGUCUGCUGCUGCUUCUUCCAUCCAGACCCUCUCAGCACCUUCCACCACCUACACUGUGAUCCUCAUGAUGCCUUGCUGAGAGGCUACUUAGAGACCAACCUCUGGGUGGUGCACAGCAAAGACCCGAGUUCAGCCUGGCUGUGAAUGCAGAGCAGCGCUGCCUGGCUCAAAGGUAGGGCAGCACCGAGCGGGAACGAAUAGAAAACUGUGGUCAUCUUCGACCCAAGGUGGUCAUCUGUAGAAACCCGCAUUACCAAUGGUGGCUUCCCAGCAGAGACUUUGCUGGACAGUUUAAUUGUGGUGAAACACGCCGAGUCUCUUUCUGUCCCUUCUACAAUCUUUGCUGUAAACGAAAACGUCAGCCUAAUAAAUAACCGAUGAUCCAGUUUUACUGCCCCGACUUUAGACCAGUCAGUUAACAUCUAGUUCCUGUCAGUACAGAGUUUGAUCCUUUUGUUAAGAACCCAGUUGUAAGAAAUUAAUUUUAAUAACUUAAAACGAACUCACAUACUUUCUAUUUUUCAAAUACCAUUACCAAAGUUUAAUGUUAAACUGCAUUAACAAAAACAUCUUAAGAAUAUUGAAUAAAAGUGCUAAACUGUAGGAAAGUGAAGCAAGUACAUCAAACCAUUUUUCUUUCUAAAAACCUAUGGAAGAAAUAAGCAUAUAUUAAAGUGUAAUAAAACCUCAAAAUAUUAACUAACAGCAACUUUUUUCCAGUAGUGACAAUGAAUGCAACAUCAGACCGUUGAUUAAUUCUGUUAAUUUAGUGAAAUCCUUUCAAUAUAAUUAUAGCUAUCUGUCCGCAUAUUAGGGAUGGACCAAAUAGCCUUAAAAUUUAAUCAGGAUAUUUGUUGGUAUUUAUUGUGAUAAUGAUGAUGACAAAACAGUAUUUAUAUCUUAACUGCAGUUCCCUGUAGGCAACUGUGCAGACGUGACUGCAUGUCAAUGUUUCUUAUUGAUUGUGAAGCCGACAGUGAAGAAAAUACUCAAAGAAACAAUCCCGACACUUCUGUCAAUGUUUGGGUUUUUCAGAUACGAUUGAUUGAAAUCUAUGGUUGUGAUGAUAAAUCUAAAUUCUUUUCACGAUAAGAAAUGGUUCACAAUAACCCAUCUGAUAAACACCCAUCCUUACAGUUUAUUACCAGUAGCAAGAUGAAAAUGUAGCAGCUGUGGUUUAGCGCUAGCAACAGAAAUGUGUUGUUAAUGCUUUGUUAAAAUAUUUACCUAAUGACCUGACAUUAAACAGAGCUCUGUGCUGACAUAACACAUAAGAUCAGCAGCUGAGGCGUACGCCUGAAUCCGGGCUCCAUGUUUAUCGUAACGAUGACCAGAGACUGGGACAUCCCCAGAAAAGGACAAUUCAGAGACUUUUGUUGGAUUCAAUUUGUAUCAAACAGGAGGCCCAGCUGUGGAAACAGUUCUAUAAAUCCUUAACGGGAGAAUUUAAAGGUGUCGCCAUGAUUACUGAGCAUUUGACAAUCAUUUUAUUGCACUCAAAAUGAUCUGAAAGGCAGUUUGUUUUUAUCUAAUGAAGAACAGCUGCUGCCAGCAGUGUCAUAUUCCUGUCAUAAAUGGAAUAAAGUUCAAAGAAGGCUAAUUAUGUAGUCUUCUUGGAAGGUUUCAGGGUCGCCGUCUCCUCCUUCUCCAUCUGCUGUGAGCAUGAUGGAAGGUGUUCUCGCUCCAUGUAGCGUCUGAAUCCAUCAUCCACCUUUCUACUCACACUGAGUUGCAGCCAGAAGCUCCAGCGGUGGAGUUUGGUUAGUGAAGUGCCUUUGGGUGGUGGUUGAUGCAUGACCCAGCUUCCUGUUCUGUUAUCUGUCCACCUGCUGACCUGCUGUACCUACACCCUCUGUGAUCAGAAAAUAAUUUGUCAUGAAUCUGUUGGGUAAUGUUUCAGAUGUAGCCAUCUUUGGAAAUCUUGCGAAGCUCUUCCUCCAUCUGGUUUCCCUGCAUGGAUCAAACAUUAUGUUUCAGCCUGUUCAGAAGUGAAAGUCCAGCAUGAGUAACGCUUGUGUCCGCAGAAGCAGAAGCAUCUGCAGUGUUUGCAGAGUUGCCUGCGGUUACAUCACUACAACAUAUGAACACAGAUGGCUAUUUCUAGAUCCUACAACAGGAACUCACUGUGGUUGAGGACAUCCUCAUUCUGUCUGCGGUGUCAGGCAACAUCACAGCAUCCUGAAACCGUUGUGUUGCUGAGCUGCAGCAGAAAAGCAAUAAUGAACUCACUCCUUAUUUAUUUUUUUAUUGAAUCAAAACGGGAUGAAUCUGUAACCAAACCGAGGCUUCUGUCAGGAUGUGUAUGGCACUUUCUUUCAUGCUACAACAUUAAAUCUGCUCUCUGAGCUCUUAAAGUGGCCAUUCUGGUUGUACUGCAUUGGCGGCCAUGUUGGAGGAAAUCCAGCAGCACAGCGCUUCCUGCUCAGCCUCGGUUGUUUUUGCACUUUGCCUUUUAGCCUCGCCUCAGUCUUUAUUUUGUCACUAAGUAAUCAUAUUUUUCUACAUGUGAACAAUCUUAUCGUAACCUUGGAUAUAAUAAAUGACUUUGUCACAGAAAUGUAUUUAUUGCUAAUAAUCCUUCAGAUUAAGGAGAAUCAUGUGUGAUUAUCAGAGCUGAUAAAUACCUGAAGAUGAAGCCUGAUUCUUCAUCAUUAGAAUGACAUCUGUGUUCUUCCAUUCAUGUUUCUCUUUUGUGUUAAAGAAAUGGUGUUUGGGUUCAUCUGGAACCGAUUGUUGGAGCAGGAGAGACCCUGCCUGCCUGCCUGUUUGUUUGGCCACCUUCCUGUGGUCUCCAGAACGUAACUGUUCAACUGGCGCAUACGUUUUCCCUGCUGGUUUCACCCGCAUACUAUCACAGGGAUACCACCGCAGGAAUCGCAUCUGCAUGCAUCCUCACAGUCUAUGCCAUUUCCAUGCCAAACAGGAGGUUUCUACGCCUCCACCGUCAAUCAGAACAUGAUAAUAAUAAAAUACUCUGCUGCCAUGCAUGUUAUUCAACUCUAACCCACACGUCUGGGGUCAGGUUUCCUCUCCUGCUCCAACUAAGGUGCUGAAGAAAAGAAAUGAGCUUCUGACAGAAGAGCUGUAAUAAAACACUUCCACAGGCAUGUUAAAGGGGUAUUUUGUUGAAUCAUUUUAGCCAACACUAUAUAUUUUUAACCUGAUAUUUUAUUGUUCUGUUAUGCAGGUAAAUGGGCCAUUUGCUGUUAUAAAGUUGCACUUGGAAAGCAAAAUAUUUCUUUAAACAUCAGCGUAGAGAUAGUAGUCGUUUUCUCUACAUUAGAGAAACCUGAUUUGAUUUGGUGCAGCUUUUAUUCUGACAGCUGACCUUCACCCCUUCUGUGUUUUCUGUGUUGUUUUUAGUUAAUUGUUUUGUAUCAAGAAAUUAUUUGAUUUAUUUUUAAGCACUGAAAGACUAUAAAGGGAAAUAUUUAUUCAAUGCUCGUCUUCCUUUUUCUUUAUUGUUUCACGUUUUAACUUAUUUCUACUUAAGCUGACUUAAGCUACUUUUGUGUUUUUAUGUAAUAAUGAGUUUAUUUCGACAACAUUACCGAGCCGUCCGGCUGUGGGCCAGGCCUGCAGUUGAAGCAUCACAUGAGCUGAAGUUGUUGCACUGUUUUAUGUUCAGCUUCUAGUUUCAGUCCAACACAUUUAUUCGUCGUACAGUGCAAACAGCUGCUGGUUUUUUAAUAUGUCUUUAAAAACAUGGAGACCAUAUACUGUCAAAAAUGCAAAUAUUUAAUGUUCAAUUUAUUUUCAUUAAAAUAUUUCAAACACUG